CUAUAACAGCUUAGCCCUAAACAUUGAAGCGAGGCCGUAUGUAGCAGAACCACAUCAUCUCUGUCUAACUCCAAGAAAAAAGCUUUGAGGUCAGGGACAGUCACUUCGCUGUUACUUCUUUUAAGCUAUCGAACCUGAAGAAUGGCAAGCAAAGCUGUGAAAACUGUGGCAAAGGCAGUUGCAGAGUACCAGUAUCCAUGGAAAGAGAAGUUGGCAAAGCACAAGAAUGAGCUAUCCAAAGGCGUGUGGGGUUACUGGAAACUCGGGGCCUGGACACCACUCCACAUCAGCGCUCGCCGACGAGCUAGACUUCGCAAGGAAGUCCUCCUUGCAGGGGAAGACUGGCCAUAUGACCCAGAGAGGAAAGAAAUGAGAACCAAGAUGAAGGGACACAAGUGUGAUAGAAUUGCUGCAGAGAGACGGGCAAAGACUGCCAAACUGAUGGAGCAAAUGCCUGAAAUGUUGCUGGCAUAUAAGAAACGAAGGUGGGAGAAGAAGAUGAAGGAAGAAGACAAAAACAAAUAAACACUUUCCGUUCGACCAUUGUUUCUCAAAUUGCUUUUGUAGUAGCUGUUCCAAAAAAAUCGCCUUCGUAUUGGAGCUUUUUCAUCUCCUGAAAGAAUGUUAGUGAAACUUACAUCAACUCUGUAUUGCUUCAA